AAAUGUGUAUUGUUUGUCUCGUUUUCAUAUUCACUAAUCGGAUAAAUUUUGAUGGAUUAUAUGUUAAUUCAUACAUUUAAUCCGAGAUUAAGUAGGACAAUUUAUUAUUGUAAUAAAUAUGACAAGACUGCAUUGGGCAUAUGCGUAUAAUGUUUUGAUAAUACAACAGUACGCUUUGUAAAUAUUGGAGUCUGUUGAAUUCAAUGAUGUUUAAGACACGAUUUGAUAUGAAGAAAAAGAAGAUAAAGCCACCUAUAGAUGAGAAAUUGUUCUUCAGCCUCCGUGGCACGUCAAUUCAGAAGAAACCCUCCGUGCAGGCUCAAGUGGAAACUUUCAAUCUCUUUGGAAACUUAAAAAAAGCUCCCACAGAAAUACACAACUCAUUACCAUCUUCAGAACUGAUAGAGAGAGAAAUGAAAUAUAUUUCUUUUGACGAGGAACGAAGAAAUAGACCACAUGAAGUUGGCUACAAAGACUUUUACCAAUACCUCACUCCAACUGUGACCCCUGUGAGGAAGAAUAGAGAAAUUACAUCUAGCUAACACAGCCUAGAUAGAUAGUGCUUUUAUUUUCAUUUUCAUAUGCAUAUAUUUGUGCUAUUGAAAACUUCACACCAUCGGAUUUAUUGGGGGCCGAGCCAAGAUUUUCUGGUGGAAAUGGAGCCGCGUAUGUCAUUAAAUUCAUUUGAUAUCUAUAUUUAAACUUUUUUGUACGGAACAGAUAGAGAUGGAUAUAAAGAAAGUGUCGAACUUUCUCUUACAUCCUAGUCACUUGAAUUAUGUUCUUUACCAAUGUUUUGAAGUACUGUGGAUUCAUUAUUAUUCGUGGGAUACGAAUUUUCGUGGAUUCUUGGGAACAAUUGAACCAUGAAAUUAAAUGUUCAACGAAUGACAAAUUUUCUUAUGGUUUAUAUGACAGCUUCGUCAAAACUACGUAAUCAAAUAUCCACAAACAUGCAAGUUUUCCUCAAUCCAUGAAUAUUGGUACCCAAGAAAAUAAAUGAAUCUACAGUAAACAGUAUUAUAUUUCCUCUCAUUAAAUAAUGACGGUGUUGGGUUAUCAGUUGUUACCAGUGUGCAAUUCUAUUUUGACGUUUGAUCAAGUAAUUGAAGGUCAAAUGUGUCUUUUUGACGAGAAUAAGUAUUUGCAUGUAUUCCUUCAAUGCUUUUCUUUUUGUUAAAAGUUUUUAUGGGUGAUACAAGUUGUUCGAACUUUCAUGAGCAAAUUAAAUGUACUAUACACAUGAAGUCACUUUGUGUACAUCGGUGCUUGAAGUAUAUGUAAAAUAAAAAUCUAGAAUGAACGUUAUAAAAGAUGUCUGGUUUACAAAAUGAUAAUAUAUUCCGUGCUGUUAUUUAAUACUGAUAAGGUAUUUGUACUAUAUUGUUAUAUGAUCUUAUAUUGAAUAAAUCUUAAAUUGGUUUUCUA